AUGGCUCCGUCGCGUUCGGGCGGUGACGCAUGCAAGGGAGGCGCGGUCGAGUUCCCGGCCGGGCUCCGGGUUCUCGUCGUUGAUGACGACGCCACCACGCUGAGGAUUAUCGAGCAAAUGUCAAUUCGAUGCCGUUACCGCGUUACCACAUGCACUGAGGCUACAGUGGCUUUGAAUCUUCUGCGGGAAAGGAAAGGUUGUUUUGAUGUGGUGCUGAGUGAUGUUCAUAUGCCAGACAUGGAUGGCUAUAAACUCCUUGAACAUGUUGGGCUGGAAAUGGACCUUCCUGUAAUUAUGAUGUCUGGUGAUAGUACAACAAGUGCUGUCAUGAAGGGAAUUAGACAUGGGGCUUGUGAUUAUUUGAUUAAGCCUGUACGAGAGGAAGAACUGAGAAAUAUAUGGCAACAUGUUGUUAGGAAAAUCUGGAACGAGAAUAAAGAACAUGAUAACUCUGGCAGUAUGGAAGACAGUGACUGGAAUAAACGGGGGAAUGAUGAUACUGAAUAUACUUCUGUUGCUGAUGCAGCAGAAUUAGUUAAAGCACCAAAAAAGAGGAGCAGUUUAAAAGAAGAAGAUAUUGAAUUGGAGAGUGAUGAUCCAGCUACAUCUAAGAAGCCUCGAGUUGUGUGGUCAGUAGAAUUGCAUCAACAAUUUGUCAGUGCUGUGAAUCAACUUGGGCUUGACAAGGCUGUGCCAAAGAGAAUACUUGAAUUGAUGAAUGUCCCUGGUUUGACAAGAGAAAAUGUUGCAAGUCAUUUGCAGAAAUUUAGACUUUAUUUGAAGCGAUUAAGUGGAGUGGCACAGCAACAUAAUGGGAUGCUAAAUGCAGUUCCUGGAAUUAUAGAAUCCAAGCUGGGUGCUACUGGAAGAUUUGACAUACAAGCUUUGGCUGCUGCUGGCCAUGUUCCCCCGGAAACACUCGCAGCCCUUCAUGCUGAGCUCUUAGGUCGUCCUGCAGCUAAUAUAAUGUCUACAGUGGACCAGGCUACCUUGCUGCAAGCAUCCAUACAGGGGCAAAAAAUUUCCCAUGCUGAACAUGCUGUGGCGUAUGGUCAGCCUCUUGUAAAGUGUCUUUCCAACAUUGGCAAGAAUUUUCCUCCAUCUAUCAUAACUGCAAAUGAUGUGUCAUCAGCAUAUGGUGCAUGGAUGUCAUCUAAUAUUACAGUGAGGCCCAAUAAUAGUGUUGAAAGAGUGGGUACCCAGAAUAACAACAUGCUGAUGGAUAUGUUAGAGCACCGACAAAGGCAGCAGCCCCAGCAACAGCCUCUGAUACAUGAUCAAAGUUGUUCAAUCAAUGUUCAACCAUCUUGCUUGGUGGUUCCGUCUCAAUCCUCUGACACUUUACAUGCAGUAAAUAGUUGUGCUUCUAUCAAUCAGGAUUGCAGUUUUGGCAGGAAUGCCAUUAUUGAUUACAGUUUAUUGUCACAGAAAUCAAAUAAUUCAAUUACUGCAUCUCAAUUUCCUGGUGGGGACACAAAAGCUCAAGGUGUUCUCUAUGGGUAUACUAUACCCUCUACUUGUUCUAUGAGCUCCAUCAAUGGCAGUAUUCAGCAGCUUCAAAACUCAACUUUGACAUUUGGUUCUGCAAGAGCGUUGCCUAGCCCUUUGCCCAUGUCUGAUAGACAAGAUCCCUAUGGUUUCAAAUCGGGUGAUUCAUUUGAUCAAGUAUGUCUUAGGAAUCUUGGGUUUGUUGGCAAAGAUACCUGCAUUCCAAAUAGGUUUGCGCAAAAGGAAAUUGAAUCAUCUGUAAGUGAUUUUAGUCAAAUGAAAGUCAAUGUAGAUAGCAGUGGCAACACACUGCAGGAGGAGCCAAAUUUUAUAAAUAUGCAAAAAGGGAGUCGCCCAAUCAUAGAAAGAUAUCAAUCUUGUGAUCAUUCAAGCGUGUUCACUGAAUAG